AAAUCAGUUGUUGUCGGUCGCUUGUGAACAUUCCAUUCAUACCUGAUACCAACGAACAUCAAUUGGAAAUCAUCCUAACGACCGUAAGUAUUCCGAAUCCAUUGUGAAUCUUUUUUUUUACGAUAAGAACUUAGGCAACGUUUGUAAAUUUCAGGUACAAAACGCAAUCCAAUCCACUCAAACCGAUGACAAGGAAAUCGAAGGCGAAUUCUAUAAAAUCUCCGAUGUAAAGGAAAACGAACCGAUUUUCGAGGAAUUACAAAAGAGUGGAAUUGGUUUUCGGUCGAUGAGCCCACAAGAGCAUACUUUAUGGCCAAUCGGCCGUGCGAUUUACAUUAAUAUCGCUCGCACUCAAUCCAUUCUCAUCAAUGAACAAGAACACUUGAGAUUCAUUUCCAAAGAAAUGAAUGGAGAUUUCGGUGUGGUUUACAAGAAUUUAAUUGAAUUGAUUGGAAAAUUCAGCAAUGGUUUGGAAUUUGAACGGCAUGAGAGAUACGGUUGGCUAACCACAAAUCUUGAAUUACUCGGAACGGGUGUUCGUUGUAAAGUGUGCUUGAAACUCAAACAAUCGGCCGAUUGCAUUAGGGACGUGUGCGAAAAGUUGAGAAUCAAAAUUACAUCAAUUAAAAUAACGGCAGAAAAUGAACACUUCAUUGAAUUAACAAAUCGCCACACGUUUGGAAUGACAGAAUUUGAAUGCGUCAAGGCAUUUUAUGACAGUGUCAAAGAAAUCAUACAAACACUUGUGGAAUGCGGAACGCAAAACGAUACAGAAAAUGAAAUGCAUAAAGACACGGAAAAUGAGACACAAAACGAAACCAAUGUCGGAGCUGUAAAUGAAUUGAAUUCUCUGAAAUUGUGCAAAAAUACGAGUGAAGCUAAUGAUGAAAAGAAUGAAAGUGAUAAAAGCGAGGUAGAUGUGCAAACACUUGCUGUUGAAGACGAUCCACCGAAAAAUGAGGAAAAUAAUGAGCAACAAAAAUGUGACGAGGAAAAUGUUCAAAAUGAACCGGUGUCAAAUACAGAAGAAGGUAAUAAAGAAAACCCGUCGGACGUGGAAAAUGCUAUAAAUCCACUCGAAGCCAGCGACACCAAUGCAGAUAAUACCGAUAAUUUGGAUGAAGGUGAAAAUGUCAAUGAAGACACUCCCGAUGAAACGAAUCAAAAUGCGGAAACCAUUGAGAAUGAAGCCAAUCAAAAUGGAGACGAGACAAAUCAAAGCGAAACCGAUUCUCCUGAAAAACCCCAUGGCACCGAAGAUCAAAGUGCAGAAGCAGCAGCCGCUGCCGCUACUGCCGAAGGAGCAACGGAACAACCGACCGAAGGUUAACUUUAAUUACCAAAAUUGUAUCAAAUUUUAAGCACUAAAACUGCACAUUGAACAUUUUUGUCUUGUUAAAUAAACACAUUCGUUAG